AUGGAAGCGGGUCAGUUCGAUGACGCCCCUGAUCAGGGCACCGUCUCGCACACCUCCCAGCAGCAGCAGCACCUCAUCGCAGCACAGGACGAAGACACCACCACCUCGCAACAGCAACGACGCCUCGAAAUCUCGGACCUGCUCCAUCCUUCCUCCGACGCCGAAGAGUCCGACGAUGCCAUCGACGAGCUCGAUGAGCUCGACUACGAAGAUGAAGCUGACGGCUUCGGUGCGGUCGAGGAUGCGGACUGGGAGCUGGCACGGGGUGAUUUCACCAAGCAGUUCAAUCGGUCACGGCAGCUUGCCACUGCCAUCCAAUCCAGCACAAAGUCGACGUCAACGCCGCUGCCCGCGAUGAAUCGACGUAGGCGACCCACUCCCUCCUCCACCUCCUCUACGACUGCUGCAGUCGCCACCGCCGGUCCAUCGACCUCCUCCUCGCACACCGCAUCCCAGAUGGAAUCCCUCUCCAAAUACGCUUCGCGCGUCCGCGUCGACGACAUGUACGACCCUUCCUCGGCCAUCGGUGGCGGCGUCAACUCCACCGUACCCCGCAAAGCUCUCGGCGGUCGCUCCGCCGUGAGGAUCAAGGACAAGGCCGAUCGCGCCACCGUCGAAGGCGUCUUGGAUCCACGAACCAUGUUGAUCCUCUACAAGAUGGUGAACCGUUCGCUCCUCGAGAGUGUCAAUGGGUGCAUUAGCACGGGUAAGGAGGCCAAUGUCUACCAUGCUACCACUCCCGCUGCAGGUGAUGAGGAGGGACAGGGGAGUUUGGCAUUGAAGAUCUACAAGACGUCCAUUCUGGUCUUUAAGGAUCGUGAUCGUUACGUUAGCGGCGAGUUUCGGUUCCGGCACGGAUAUGCGAAGCACAAUCCGCGAAAGAUGGUUCGUCUGUGGGCGGAGAAGGAGGCUCGAAAUCUGAAGAGGAUGGUCGCGGCGGGGUUGAGGGCGCCGAUACCGGUCGAGUUGAGGGAUCAUGUGUUGGUGAUGCAGUUCUUGGGCGACGAAGACGGGUGGGCGAGUCCGAGGUUGAAGGACGCAGACGAGAUGAUUGGGUCGGACGCACACACUUGGUCACGGCUGUACAGGGAGCUGCUCGCAAGUGUGCGGAUCAUGUACCACGAGUGCAGGCUUGUUCACGCUGAUCUCAGCGAGUACAACAUCUUGUACCACCAGGGCCAUCUGUGGAUUAUCGACGUCAGUCAGUCGGUCGAACACGAUCAUCCGCGGGCGUUCGACUUUCUGCGGGCGGAUAUUGGACAUGUGGACGAGUACUUUGCCAGGCGGGGAGUGCAUACGUUAGGAUUAAGGCGGACGUUCGAGUUUGUCGUAGCAGAGCCGACGGAGGGUGGGAGGAAAGGUGGAAGGGCCGGGUUGGAGAAGCAGGAGGCGGACUUUCAUCAGGAUGACAAGCCCAAUCCGAAUGCGGAACAUGAUCAGCAGCUCAAAGCGCAAGUGGCGACGCGCGAGGCGGCGACGGUGACAACAAAGACGGUGGCGGAGGAGCCCACCGCCGCAUCGAAAGUCACCGGCGGAGGCGCGUGGUAUUCAGGCCUCAACAGCUCAUCCACCACCGCGGCACCGGCAUCGCAAGCCACAGGAGAGAACGAGGAGUCGAUCAUGCAGACGCUCGAGACGCUCAUGCACCAGCUCUCGGUCGAACCCACCGCCACAACCGAGGUGAAAGAUGACGGCCAAGACAAAAAGUCAAAAGCGGACACCGCCAAAACGGACGACGCCGUGUUCAAAGAGACCUACAUCCCCUUUUCGCUCCACGAGAUGGACGAUCCGGAACGCGAGAUCGAGCGUCAGAAGCGCCAACCAGCUGCCUCCCAGACAGAACCAAUUCCAUCUGCUGAGCUUGAUGACGACGACGAAGGCUCCGCCUCAGACUCAAGCUCGGACGGCAGCGACUCGGGCGAGGACGAAGCAUCGCAUCCCAAAGAUGGGCCUCAGCUCACCAAGGAAGAAGCUCGCAACCUCAAGAAGCAGGCCAAGAAGGAGACCAAGGCGGCCAACCGCGAGAAGCGAAAGACCAAGAUGCCCAAGGCCGAGAAAAAACGUCGGAUCAAGAAGAAUCACAAGUAG